AUGGCGACGAAUCUCCUGAAACUCUCCUCAAAACUCCACCGCCUCUCUCCCUUCACCAGAUCCCUAACCAUCCGCACCUCCACCUCAUCCCCCUCCUCCUCAUCCGGAUCCAAAAAAGUCUCCGAUCGAAUCGUCAAGCUCUCCGCGAUCGACGCCGACGGGGACAAGAAGGAAAUCAUCGGCCUCUCGGGACAGACUCUCCUCCGCGCGCUCACGCACACGGGGUUGAUCGAUCCGUUAUCGCACCGAUUGGAGGAUAUCGACGCUUGCUCGGCGGAGUGCGAGGUUCAGAUCGCGGAGGAGUGGCUGGAGAAGCUCCCGGCGAGGACGUACGAUGAGGAGUACGUGCUGAAGCGUAACUCGAGGUCGCGCGUGUUGAAUAAGCAUUCGCGGCUUGGGUGUCAGGUUGUGUUGACUCAGGAGCUUCAAGGUAUGGUUGUUGCUGUCCCCGAAGCUAAGCCUUGGGAUAUUCCCUAAGGGAGAGAGGUUUAUGAGUCUUCUUUAUUGUUGUUUUUUGUGUGUUUUUGGGAAUAAAUUGGCUUUGGAUAUUUUUAAGAUAUUGAAUAUCUGUAAUCUCUCCCUUUUACAAUGUGGUAAACUAUUCCCUGCUUUAAGUAUGGGUUGCUUUUGAAUUGAAUGCUGC